AGCUCGCGUCGCGAACUUGCUCCGCUGUGACAUCAGAAUACCAGCCCACCAGCAAAAAGCCGCCGUUAAACGUGAUCUGACGGAAGAGGUGGCUCUGGAACUGCUCACAUUUAACUUGGGCUGGCACAGCCUGGCCAUAGAGAGCUGCGAUCAACGCCGCAAUCUUCCACGAUGCCGCCCGCCAGAGAGGCAGACAUGAUUCGGAUCCUGGUCGCCACCGACAACCAUGUUGGCUACGGCGAGAAGGACCCGAUCCGGCGCGACGACAGCUGGCGCACGUUUGACGAGAUCAUGCACAUCGCCAAGAGCCAGGAUGUCGAUAUGGUGCUUCUCGGCGGCGACCUCUUCCACGACAACAAGCCGUCGCGCAAGGCCAUGUACCAGGUCAUGCGCAGCCUGCGCCAGAACUGCCUGGGCAUGAAGCCGUGUGAGCUCGAGUUCUUGUGCGACCCGACUGAGGUUUUCGCCGGCGCCUUUGGCCACGUCAACUACGAGGACCCCGACAUCAACAUCUCUAUACCUGUCUUCUCGAUCCACGGCAACCACGACGACCCCAGCGGCGACGGCCACUUCUGCUCUCUUGACCUGCUGCAAGUUGCCGGCCUCGUCAACUAUUUUGGCCGCGUGCCCGAGGCCGACAACAUUGAGGUUCGCCCCGUGCUGCUGCAGAAGGGCAACACCAAGCUGGCCCUGUACGGCAUCAGCAACGUGCGCGACGAGCGCAUGCACCGCACCUUCCGAGACAACCAUGUGAAGUUCUUCCGCCCCUCCCAGGCCAAGCAGGACUGGUUCAACCUUUUGACGGUGCACCAGAACCACCAUGCCCACACCGCCACCGGCUACCUGCCCGAGAACUUCCUGCCGGAUUGGGUCGACCUCGUCGUCUGGGGCCACGAGCACGAGUGUCUCGUCGACCCCGUUGAGAACCCUGAGACGGGAUUUCACGUCAUGCAGCCAGGCUCGUCUGUCGCCACCUCGCUCGUCCCCGGCGAGGCCGUCCCCAAGCACGUGGCCGUGCUCAACGUCACGGGCAAGGAGUUCACUGUCGACAAGAUUCCGCUCAAGUCGGUCCGUCCCUUUGUCACACGCGAAAUCGUGCUCGCUCAGGACCCGAAAUUUAAGAAGCUGUGGAAGCAGAAGCCCAAGGAUCACCGCACCGAAGUGACCAAGUUGCUUACGGCCAUAGUUGACGACAUGAUCGAGCAGGCCGCGCGCGAGUGGGAGGAGCUGCAGAACUCGGGUGAGAACAGCGAGGAUUCCCCUGACCAGCAACCCCUACCCCUGAUUCGCCUCAAGGUCGAGCACGGCGCCCCCGAGGCUACGGGCGAGUUCGAAGUCGAGAACCCGCAGCGCUUCUCAGGCCGCUUCGCCGAGAGGGUCGCCAACACAAGCGAUCUGGUCUACUUCCACCGCCGGAAGACGGCCGCUAGCUCGGCCGGGAAAACGGACAAGAGGAGCGCCGGCAAGAUUUACGAGGUCACAGCCGAGGACGGAACUCUUGAUAUUCUCAAGGUCGAGGAGUUGGUAUUCGACUACGUAACCAAACAAUCCGUUAAGAUCCUGCCCCAGAAGCAGAUGGGAGAGGCUGUCAACUCGUUUGUGAGCAAGGAUGACAAGAAGGCUAUAGAUGACGUCGUCUUUGACUCCCUGUCCAAACAAGUCAAAAGCAUGAUGGCCCUGGGUGUUGAAGACAUGGAGGUCGAGGCGCGCAUGGCCGAGAUCCUGAAGGAACAAACGGCCAAAUUUGACGCAGGACAGAGGAGCAUGGUUAGGCGACCGAGAUACAAGCCGCAGCCCUUUGACUACGACUCGGACCUGAAUGGCCCGUGGGAGGAGAGACCCGAGGCCGUCAUGACUGAUCCCGAAGACGAAAAGGUGUCGGCUGCGAAAGGCUCGACGGCUUCUCGUGGCGGCCGUGGUCGUGCUGCGGCAGCGGCGGCGGCGAAAGCCAAGGCGGACAGCGACGAUGAUAUGAUCAUGGACGAUUCGGACAACGCGCCACAACCGCCAGCCAGCAAGCCAACCAGGGCAACUCGCGGUGCAGCGGCAGCAGCAGCAGCAGCAGCUCCCAAAGCCGCGGCGCGUGGUAAGAAGGCAGCGGCGGCAGCAAAACCGGCGGCCAAGCGCGGUGGACGGAGGCCCAACCCGUUUCAAGACAGCGACGACGAGGUUGUUGAGGAGCAGGAUGACGCCAUGGCCCUGGAUGUGGUGGAUGAUGAUGACGAUGACGAUGACGACGGUUUUGAGGAGAUCCCACCGCCGCCACCCAAGCCCGCACCGAAGCGUGCUGCCCCCAAGAGGGCAGCGCCGGCUGCCGCCCCGCCAGCGUCACGCGCCUCGACGCGGACGACAGGUGCAACGAGGCAGGCCACACUCAACUUCUCACAGUCGCAGCGCCCGGCCACGCAGAAACGUCCGACAAGGUCGGCGCAAAAGGCUCUCGAGCUCAGUGCGGACGAGAUCUCGGGGGAUGACGAUGAUGACGACCCGUUCGAGACGCAGAAACAGAGCAGUAGCACCCGGUCGAGGAGGCGUUAAGAACAAGCUGGAUUAUUUGACGAGGCGAAUAUGUAUUUUGGUCCAUCUCUCGAUUUGCUCUUGCUGGAUAUGUUACUAUAGGGUUGCGAUGAUUUGAACAUGACCAUUUUUGUUGCUGUAGCA